UGAUUUCCCACCACCUGCUGGCAAGAAUUUUGCAGAAGAGCAGCAGACUAUACUCGGUCUACAUUUCCGAUAUCCCCUUCGUAAAUAGUGUAUGUGCCAGAUUUUGACAAUCGUGAUGCUCUCGUUUACCAGCAGGGCGAUGGUCAAGGUGAAAAGAAGCAUCUUUACAGCGUGAACCCUGCUCAGCAAUUUGCUAUAAUUCAUAUGUAAUGCAUGAAAUUCCUACUGUAUGAUCAGAAAACCUGAAAUGAUAUGCAACCCGAGCGUAAGUUCGCAGUGCAGACUGCGGAACAGUUCUCCGCAAUGUGCAAUUGCCAUUACGUCCGUCUUGAAGAGAUAGGCAAUCAGCACAUUCACUAACUUCACCCCAAAGAAGCCACCUCACCAGAUCUCAAAGUGACACGAAAUCUUGUAAUCCAUUUCUUCGGUUCAAAGCUCUCUACCCACGUGCUUGGCCGGCACCACGCUCGCUCGCUCCCCACUCACUCGAUUCUCGCCAACAUUAACCGAAGCCGACAUCAGAAAAAGAAACAACCAAAAAACCCAGGAUUGCCGAAUACGGAGACGAGACAAGGCCCUUGAAAGCCACUGCACAUAACCCACAAGAUCGGUGUGCGCACGCGGCGGCAUUUUCCUAUUGUAGCCACACAACUCGCGUCCACUCACCCGAGCCCCCCAUGGUUUGGACGCGUCUACGGAUGCGGUUUUAUCCUGCAUGAACCGAAUGGGGAGUGCGAGAGGGCCUGAUGUGGAAAAGUUGCUUCGGAUAGGGUUUCGUGAUUGUAUACGCCACCGUCUGUGCUGCGGAUGGAGCUGCUUAGAGGGGAGGGUGGCCUCUUUCAGCUCAUUAGAUUUCCAUGGCUUUCCCCUCUCCGUACAAUGACUCGGCAACGCCAGCG